AAAUGGCAGCUUUGCCUGGAGUUGUCAUGGAAACCCAACCAAGAGUUGUUUUGGUUGACUGUAGAGUGUAGAUUCAGAAGUGAGCUCCCGGUGCCCUAAAGAACUUAAUGACUUAAAACGUUCAUAUUUUUUGAGAAAACAUGAAAACCUCCAAACAUGAUGGAAUUAUAACUGCUGCCGGGAUACACCUUUCUAGGCGAAAUUUCACUGACUCAGAUUUUCUCAAAAAGAACAAAUUGAAAUUGAAACAGAGCACUGAACAGUUCGAAAAUUCAGCAACAUGGCCUCAAAGGAUCAUUUCAGUUCAAAAUUUCAACCUAACUGAGCAGGAAGCUGAGCUUCAGUUUUUAAAGUUGAAAGCAUGGGUGGACUCAUUGGAAGAUAACAUCAAAAUUGAAUUGGAUGAAAUUCUCUUUCCUGCAUUUAUUUCCUUGUACAGAAGAAUGAAUGUUAGCGGUAACAUGAUUGGGGCUAGAGGAUUUUAUACUCGAAACCAGUCUAACUUUUUAAAAGUGCCUGAACUAAGAAAAAUGGCUGAAAAAUUUUGUUCUGAAAACAAUAGCCAUUUCAUUCUGGAACUGUCAAGUGAAUCCUUUGAAGUGUUGCAUAGUUACAUUGGGAGCAAUGAUCACCCACUAUUGCAACAGCUACUCAACACCACCCUGGAGGUAAACAUCAUCAAAUCGAAAAUUGAUACCAGCAGUGCUAAUCAAGCAAAUCCAAAAACCAUUGUUGACUCGUCAAAUAUGGAAGAAGUGCACGGUUUGUUGGCCGCCAUAUCUCGAUUGAAAGAAGUUCCUCCGACUGCUCCCUUGCUGAAAUUGUACUCUAUCGACACGGGGCAAAGAAAAAUGAGUGCAGCUUCGGCAUCACCUUGUGAAAACUAUCUCUCUUGUGGAUUUCAAGAUUCCUCCGUUGCUAUCUGGGAUGUUAAAAAACUUCGGUCACCCUCCAAAUCUGAUCUCACUCGAUUAGACCUCUCGGAAGCCUGCGCCAUCAGCAUUUAUCACCCAGCAACUUCUGCACCGCUUCCAACAGAAUCGGACUCUUCUGUCUCAGUUUGCUUGGGGCAUUCCGGUUCAGUCUAUGCCACACAGUUUACCCCUACUAAUAGCCACGUGCUAAGUUGUAGUGACGAUACAACUCUAAGGCUUUGGGAGAUCUCUUCCAUGGAAAAUGUGUUUGUAUACCGAGGACACACUUACCCUGUGUGGGACGUGAACAUAUCUCAAAAUGGACAAUUUUUCGCUUCUGCAUCGCAAGAUCGAACAGCCAAAAUCUGGAUGUUUGAUCGUACAUACCCUUUACGAAUUCUAGCCGGUCAUACUGCCGAUGUUGACUGUGUGACCUUCCAUCCAAAUGGGUUGUAUUUGGCCACAGGCUCAGCUGAUAGUUGUGUUCGUAUGUGGAAUGUUGCUGAAGGAAAAACUGUUCGAAUCUUAGUUGGCCAUUGCGGCACAGUAUUAUCCGUUGCUUUCAGCCCUUGUGGAACGUUGUUGGCAUCAGCUGGUGAAGACCAUCGUGUGAUAGUUUGGGAUGUUGCAGCUGGGCGUAUUCUUCAUGAUUAUAAUGGCCAUCAAUAUGUCGUUCACGGAUUGGUUUGGAUUUCCGAACAUGUUCUCUGUUCUUACAGUGCAGAUGGUAACAUUCGCGUGUGGAAUGUCGCACAUCCGUCCACGUCCAGUUUGACACCAGCGUCACAACUACAACAGCAAGAGUUAGCUUCUUACCAGGUUGCGUCACCCGCGAAAAUUGUCCAUCUUGGUCGAGGUAACCGGGAUAGUUUGGUCUGCAUCGCCGCCUCCGAUUAAAGACUUGUGAAUAUUCCUUUAUUUUCCGACUUUUGGGUGUCUUUUUAAAAAAAUAGAAAUUCAUCGAACACAGUAUAUUGGAUUAAAAGCUUGAAUUCGA